AUGAUCUGUACUGAAACACGAACAGAGAAGUCGCCAAUCCACAGGGCUUAUGCAGACCAGCCUUCUAGUGACAUCUUAAGAACGUAUGAGGCUCACGCCAGCGCAUCCAUGGAGGAACACCGAUGGAGCGUGUCCGAUAUGGGCCGCGCUUCAGAUGUCGCCAUCCCAAGAGACAGUGGUGCUGAACGUGGCUCACCCAUUACGUGCCCUGCAGACGUUACUGCUCGUGGGGAAAGGUAUGAGGUUAUCGAUGAUGGGAACAGCACUCUCCCAUCCGAAACUGGCGUAAAUGCAGGCUGGGGACCCCCGCUUAGCGCAAUCGCACUCCCGAACUCGUAUAUGGCUGCAGACAACUCGACAGGGGAUCCUACGGCAGAUGCAUGGUACUAG